AUGAAGAAAUACCACUUAUCUAGUCUCCAGAUUGUAAGUCCUAUCUAUUCUGUUUUCGACGAUUCCAACUCAUUCCCUCGAAAUCCGCCAUUUCCCUGCUGACUGAAACACCUAGCUUGGUCUCUACCUGUGAAUGGGACACCGUAAGAGGGAGGUGUGCAAGAGGGCCUACGUUAGUCUUCCUUUUCAGGGAUCGGAAGCUACUAUUUUUGGAUACAGAAACGCCUUAACUGUCCCAUCGCCAGUUCCUGUUUUCUUAAUUUGAAUUCAGCAGUAUCAAUUUGAGACCAUACCUGACGAACCCUUCAUCCAAUGAUUAAUCCAAUUUUUGGGAACAAGUCAUCAAUCUAGCCUUAUCGCAAGAUUAAAUAUAGGCGUUGCUUUUGGCCUCGGAGGUCCGGUCUAGAGCUCACGCAAGCAGUCUCAUAGCGACGAUUAGUCGAUAGGCAAGGAGAAUUACUGACAAGGAAGAACUCAGUCACCCACUAUACCCGAGUCCACACGUCAGGUUUUCCCGGUCUGCAUUUCGACCCUGACUGACUGUCUAACAGCGGUAAAUAAGCCGGAAGCGUUCUUUUACGUCUCUCGUAUUGUUGGUAAUACUCUUGGAUAAACCAAGCUUGUUAUUUACGCUAAGAUGUUGAAGUGUCCCAUUUGAAAGAGUCAUGUAUCGCCCACAAAAGUAGAGUUCUAAACCAUACUGAAGCAGUAAAACGUCUGCAUGCAGAACGCGGCCCUCUCUGUUCUCUGCGAGUCCAAGCUUAGGAUAAGAGGGGCGUCUGUUUGCGCUUUCGCCUUCGAUCCCGGGGCCCUCAUAGGGGAAUUGUGUUUGCUCUUUCGCCAACUCCAUUCGCUUCUGCUCCGUAACAUGCAUGGGCCUUUUAUAACCUACAGGACAGAGUGAGUGGUUCAACUUUUCCGAACUUGUCUCUCUGACAUGUUGAGCCACGUUUAUUGCGCGAACCUUAUCCUUUCAUGCACCAUGAACUUCGUCUACCUUCCUUAGGAACCUUUUUUCUUCCUUCCAAUCUGAUAUUUAGAGGUCAAAGCUGUCCGUGUGUCAAAUCUCAAAUUCUGUCGUCUUUGAAGAAGCGCUCUUAGGAGCAUCCACUAUGUGUGAAUAUCUCCUAAAACUGGUCUUAAGAUUGUAUAGUGCAGGCUUCUUAAGACACCCUUUAUGCAAAGCGGUCUGAAGACAUACAACAGUCCACGAACUUCGUGGACAGCAGACCUACGGUUUCAAGCAUGCGUUCAGACAGAAGAGAUCGUUUAAGUGAAGUUUUCAUACUGAUUCGCAGAUAACAUUACUAUAAGCAACAUACUCGCUGUUUCUAAACCCAUUUCCUGAUCUUUUGUGUGAAUCCCAACAGGAAAGAAUUAUUACUAAAUGUAGUUUGCAUUUUUGCCAGUUUCUUUUGGCGCCUUUGCCAAUUUGAUUCUAUUUUAUAGGGAGACAUCAGUUUAAGCUCAUUGCAUACGCUCUUCUGGGGAAUAGCACCUAAUUCGGGUUUUUAGUCGAACGAACGUCGUACUACAGUCUCUAGAAGGUUUGCAAUUAUGAGCAUUCUUGACACUUGUAUGACUAGUCUUGUAUUGUGAUAUCGUUGCCCCUACAACGGACUACGCGGCAGAUGCGCCGGACCAACCCAGGGGCCAGAUCGGAGUCCGGCAGGCGCAAUCGAGAAUGCACAUCUAUAACAAAUGCCAACACUGGAGGUAUGGUGGUUCGCCCAGGCGACGGCUCACGCCGCGCCCAUUGAGAUUCGGGCCACUUCACCUAUUUUUAUUGUUGUGUAAAAUCCUGGUCAGUGUAUGCUGUAGACCAGGUGGUGUGCUGGUACGCCUAGAUGCGGCCUUUCGCCGUGCCAGUCACUUGCACCAUCUCCCGCCUCCGAUCUUCAUGACUUUGUCUUGACACCGGACCCAAGUGGGGGAGGAGGAAAGAGUGCGGUAGAUGCUGCGAAAGUCUACUCCCACUAUAAACUAUUUCACUCACAAGUCACCGUCCCUGAUCUCACAUUGCUGUGGGACACACGGUGGACAUCGUCGGCAACGACAGUCGAACUGUUAUUGUAAUAUCUACAGACACCAACAUCGCUUUCAAAACAUCCAACUUGAUCAAUUCUUAUUUUAGAAUUUUUCGAUCACUAGACGGCUUUUUCCUAGGAAAAUGAGAAAGUACAUAAAUCCAUCAGGUCAUAUCUCGUGAAGUGUUAACCGAAAUUCUAAAAUAUGUUUCCGAUCCGAAAAGAUUACUAAAGUUGGGUUGUAAUACUAGUUAUCGUACAGCAUAUUCACAAGACACUAGGAUGUUGGCUUUUUAAUUAACGUCUUUUCGGCCUUCUGGAAAAACUACACUGUAGCCGAAUGACUACUUAAGUAGCAUGAUUUUUUCCACAAAUCCAAGUGUGUUAUACGGAAAACGUGCACAAAAUAUUCCCUCUUGUACUUAUUUGGUAGCAGCUUAGGCCUUCAUAGAAUUUUAUAUUCAAAGGAAGGGCAUCUUUCGGUUUUAAGGAAGUGCCUUGUUAUGCGAUUUUUUUAAGAUUGUGAAGUGUCCACUCACACAGCAUCGCAUCAGCACGUUCAUUAGUGCUACCUACAAAGUGUACAACCUGGUGUACAUCCAUUUCACAUUUUAUGAGUAAUAAGUAAUCUUAUAGGAUCAAAAACAUAUUUCGGAAUUUCAGGCAAAAUUUCAUGAGAUAGCAUGUCUAACUGUAUAUGUGUGCUGAAGGAGACUGCCGACAAGGACAUGGGAGCCUCGAACGGCCAUUUCUGGCUUAUUAGCCGUUCUCAGCCAACCUUGCCCAAGCCUAGGUUAAACCGCACCCGAAUCCAGAACACACCUCCUUUGGUCAUCGAGCGUUAUCAAAUCUAACGCUCUACCAAUUGAGUUCCGUUCUUCUAUCGGUUGCGAUCAGGAAUAUUAACUAGGGCCGAAGUGCGUUGACCAAAGAACGCGGGUUUGAAACUCAGGUGAGUAAAGCCUGGGCCUGGACAGGGUUGGAUGACGACAGCUAGCAAACCGGGAAUGGCCAUUCCCGUCUUCUUCUACUUUGUCAGUAGUCUCACUCUGCAUAUAUUACUAGCCGCCUUGCGACUGCCUCGAGGCUUCUCUAUUGAGUCAUAAGGCACAACGGAACGAGCAUGCCACGUAACUUUAGACGCAGUAAAAAACAUGGUUCGUUUUUAAAAAUAAAAAGGAAUCAACGGACUUUAGGGGCCAAAAUACACCCUUCAGGUGCACAAUUAAGUAGAAGGACACACCUUCCUGUUAAAUCAUUUUUGCACAUUUAUCUUGAGAAUAUGGGGAAAUUUGUGCGCAGGUGGCGAGAAAUACGAUCACUUUGCAGCCAACAUGGCAGCAUGUCUAAAUUACUUUGUGAUGAUGUUGCACGUCUCGGUAUUGCAAGUUCACGCGAGUAAUCUUCAUUGCUAGAAGGCAGGCUUGAAGAAUUUGCUGAUUGCCUCAUGUACCUAUUGUUUUGUCCCCGUCGACAGACCAUCCGAAAGGCUUUCGGAAGAUCUCCGUUUCAGCUGUCAAUGCCUUCAAGGCAAUGGCACAAAAGCUCAUGUUGGAUCUAAUGCGCCCCCUGGAAUUGGUCUUUUCAGUAGCCGAGGGUUGUAACGAGCGUGUUGACUUACAAGCGCAUUACUUGUUGCACCAAGAAUUCAUAUACGCACGCCAAAACGACAGGGUAGUAAUUAGUUUUUCCUUUUUCCCGCGGGCAGUUGUCCCACAGCAAUCCUCGCUACGCUUAAGGAGCUAAAAACCCCCAGAUGCAAAUUUUCAGUGGGUUCUAUCAUCAUACUUAGACCUUUGCUUCUCUUCUAGUAGGAGAUCUGGUGUUCGUGACGAAUGCUUUCUUCUGGUCGACUGUAUCACCCCUCAUGAAGCCGCCGACACCGCAGCCUUUUUUCUUGACACUUCACAAUUAACCAAGUAUAACUCACACUUUUCUCUUCUAGCUGGCCUACUCGUAUGUCAACGGAUUCCUCAUACUUUUCUUUUAUCUCGUCGCCGGCAGUGCUCUCGUUCCGGCAAUUAAGUUCGCCUCUACGGUAGGUUGUCUCGCCGCGCGGGGCGGAGCUUUUGCCGACUUCUUUGCCUUCUCAUUGCCUCUAGAGUAAUCGAUAAGUUCGUACACAUGUGCAGACGCACACAAAGGAAUAAAUAAUGCAUAUGUUGAAUUUUGUGCGAGUAACUGCUUUUGAAGUUCGUGAGGGCAUACACAGUGCGUGACCGAUCUCAUGAAAUGGUGGCCGAAAUUCUGAACUGUGUUUUCGAUUAGGAAGAAUUACUUAGGUGAGGUGGUAAUACUGAUUAUCUUGAAACCUGAUUCUAUCGUAUGUCGGACUCCUCAGGACGUCGGCUUUUGAAUGCACUCCCUUCUGACCUCCUGCGGAAACCACACUCGGCAAUAAAUGACUACUUAAGUAGUCGACGGUCUUAUAAAUUCGAAUAUAUUUUAUAGAAAACAUGCACAAAAUAUGCUUCGUUUCACGCGUUUGGCAGAAAAUCACAUUGUUUUCAAAUUUUAUACCCGAGGAAACUGCAUAUUUGGGUUUUAAAAAAGUUUCUAAUUAUGAGAUUUCUAAGACUGUGCGAUGUCCACAUAUACAACAUUGUACAUGUCCGUUUACCAAGGCUUCUCAUGAAAUGUACAACAUAGUCCGGAUCCAUUGAAAAUUUUUUGUACUCUAUAUGGUAUCUUCUUAAAGGCAUAGAGUCAUAUAUGAUUUUCCUUACGCGGAAAGCAUGCACCCAGUAGACUGACAUCGCUAAACGCCAAUGCAGCAACUGAUCAGACUCAAAAUUAUUCAAGAAUUGGGAAACUUUGUAAAACCGAAAUAUACACUUUCUUCGGGUAUAAAAUAUGAAGACAAUGUUAUUUUCUACCAAAAAAAGUAAAAGAAAGCAUGUUUUUUGUGCAUGUAUUCUAUAAAAAGCAUUCGAAUUUCUGAAACCACCAAAAAUCAAUAGGAAAAUGCCUGCUACAUCAGUGGUGGUUUUUUUUACCGAGUAUGGUUUCUGCAAGAGGUCAAAAAGAAGUGCAUUCAAAAGCCGAUAUCCUGGCGAGUCCGAAAUACCAUAGAAUUAUGCCGCAUGAUAAUCAAUAUUACAACCCCACCUAAGUAAUUCUUCCUAAGCGAAACGGCAUUUCAGAAUCUCUGCCAACAUUUCACGAGGUCGGUCACGCACUGUAAGUAGGACACCAUUCUUAAUUGAUGGACUCUCGCACUUUGUGCAUGCACCUCAAAAUAUUGCUUAUAUUCCACUCAAAGACUUUGUAAAACAGUCGCUAAAAACAGCAUAUCUUAAGGACUCCGUGUAAUUGCAUCUUUUUCGGACUACAAAAUCUGUGAUGGCCCACAAUUGAAGUACAGUGAUCCCUCCUUGAUCGCGGGGUUGCAUUCCACAACCCCUGCACGUAUCUAUUCUCCCCCUUCCCACUCUUGUGGGCGAUGUAACUGGCUAGUAAUUGUUGUUUGAGAAAUUACUGUCCAAGACCUCCUUCUUGUGUUUAUCUGUCCAGAUCUCUGAUUGCUUUCUGUCUCCAUUCCGUACCCUAAACCUGUCAACUACUUUCAUAGUACAUAAACCAGGGCUUGAAAUGUCUUGCGGCCGUCGGAUUCCCAUGCAGGAGAAAAGGGCUCAAACGCUCUAACAGAACCGCAUGUGAAGUGUAUAAACGGGAAAACAGGGCAGGGUAUCCGUUCCUGUUUCUGUUUUAAGGCAGAUAGGCAACUGUGGAAUGGGCAGAAUGGAAGUUUCCUGGAGUGGCUUUAAUCUUCCUCUGACUGGCGGUUUUCGUGCGAGGGAGGCAAGUUCGUCUCCAUUUCUUUCUUUAAGUAAUUUGGCUGUAUAUGCACACAACCAGUUCUCUGAUUUGUUUUCUUUCAUCCUGCCAGCCGCGUGUUCACCAAAGUUUUGGUUACUUUAGUAGCCGCGCCAGAAAGUACGCAAGUACUGAUGAUCAAAUGCACCAUACGGACUAACACGUUCGUUAUCUUUUUAUAGUUAGAAUUCACUCUCUUGGUCUCUCGAGCAGCCUCCACUUUUGCUCCCUUUGCACUAAAUGGCAGUGCAAAUCAUUGCGUCCCGCCCAUUUUGGCUGGUCCAUCCUACUUUGCGAAAUUGCCUUGCUAUGGAAUCUGCCACAAUUCCUCUCCAGUGCAUGCCCUUCUUGCCUGCGUCUUUCGACAUUAAGUGGACUGUCACUUUCAGGCUCUUCCUAUCAUUCUGCUUCCUUCCUUUAGAAUCCUAUCGUCGUCUUUGUCUAUGGUUCACUUUUCGCGGUCACGGGCUACUUUGGCAUCCAGUUUGUGCUUCUACUGGUUCACCAUUUUGGAGCCCUGCCUGCAGUUACUGGUAGGUCUUCCCGUCCCCCUCCUCCCUCCCUCUUUUUAACGUUCACUGCCCAUCAGACCACUGUUAUGCAUAUAAGUUGUUUUUGUCACCUCUUUCAUAAAUCUUUGCAUUUGCCUCAGGGAUGAUGCCGGAAGAUGAAUGGUUGGGGUCUCGCUAAACUUGAUUAGCUCAGUUGGUGUAUGUCGGUAGGCCACCACUUUGGUCAUUUUGAGAUCGUCUUGGAGAAAAAGUUGGUCUUAGCGUCAUAUAGGACUAGAUUGCACCUAAGAAGGAUCCCGCUUAGCGGCUUUGGCGAGAAGUAAUGAAGCAAUUUCGUUUUUUUAUAUGCGCACCCCCUAGACAUACUCAGUAUCUUUUUUCCCACGGCUAUAAAACUUGAACUUAUGUGGAGUAGCUGAAAAAUUCUCACCAACGAUUAUAAAUAGCUCUCAUCCCAGUGCAGUUGGUGGUGAAAUAAAGCCCUGCCACCUCCAGACUUCCAGACGAUUGUCGUUGCACUAUCGACUAAAGAACUGACCACUGCACCGUUGAUUAGAAGACUGAGCCGACGGUAGAGACAGAAAGUGUUUAGGAGUCAUUGGUUGCUUUCUUAUUGCCAUACGACACCUGCGAUUGGACACCAGGCCGUCCCGGACGACGACGACGACGACAUCUACCGCUGUCCCACGAAGUGGACCCAGUAGCGGCGAUUUGCACUGGAAUAUGCUUAUACUGGAGCAAACUUGUACAGCAUCUACCGCACUUCCCCCCCCCAUCCCCACUCACUUUGCUUCAAUAGAGGGAAAAAGUCAAGAUGACGGGAGGCAGGCGUGGGCGCAACGGCUGACAAGGCUCAGCAGCCUAUCCACAGGGCCUCGUUUCCACUCCAAUUAUACCAGACUAUAAUAUGGCAUAUCAGGAUGUCGCUUGGGUGAUAAUGCCAUAAAGACUCCGUUUAGAGCAAUUCAUUGUAGCCUGACUCUUAGUCUGGAGGAGGAUAGAGUUAUCCCGUCAUUUGACAACCUUCCAGGCCAUGACUCUUAGGGUAUCGUGAUUUAUUAUAUUAAGCAACGCUUUCAUUUGCCGUUUGGAUGGAUGCUCGGUGUCGGCCUCGCUCCCUUUUUCCUCUCCCAUACAACAGUCACGUAUCCGAGUCGGGGCGCGUUAGCUGACGCAGCGUGAAAGUCGUCAGAUAUAGCGUGACACACGCCUGUACGGCAGCAAUUAAGGGGUCACGCAAGCUCGGCGUCGCUCAUUUAACUCGCUUCCGCCCAUCCCCGUUUGAUAAAAGAACACCUGCGAUACAGUGCGUGUUGUUGGGGUGGGGUGUGUUUCUGUGUGUCUUUAGGGUGCUGUGGUAUAACGGAUGACUGAACUGCGGCUAUUACCAUGGUUUUGUAUAUGCGCAUAUGACUGCCUAGGUACGUGUGAUGUCGGGAUGUGCGGCUACAGCGUGAGAAGGAGAGGCGUGCAUAACAGGUGUCGAUGAGGGCUUUAGGGCUCGGUUCUCCAGUCGCCGUUCAAAGAAUUCGCAGGUGAUCCACCCGACCGAUACGCGAGUCAAGUGUGUUGUCGAGGCGCGUAGAGCCUGGAAACGUGUCUACAUUGCGGUUGGCGGAUGAAGUAGUUGUGGUGGUCUUAGCCGUGGUGGCAAUUGUAAUGCGGGUGGUCACAGUAAACCAUAGCUCUGGACAACGUUACCGUCGCCAUUGUGGUGAUAAUGUCCGGGCGCAGCCAGCCUGCACUGAGGCACGGUGUUACGGCAAGGAAAGAUGAAGGAGGUGACUCCCAUGAUGUUGCUGGUGGUAACGACAUUCUGUGCCGUGACAGUUAAGUUGAGCGGGCUUUCAAGGCGUAAUGCGCGGAGGCGUCCGACAAGUCAAAUCCGGUCAAUAGGGGUGAAGUUUUACAGGAUGGUAAAAGUGCCCUUACUGGUGAUGUUAUUAGUGACGUUGUAAGAUGCAAGGCGAGUUGGUCGUGUUGACACUGCACUGAGUCCGCAGAUGUCGGACAGGGCAGUUUCGUGCUCCGAAUGCCUGUUGACAAUGUGGGAACGAUGGCAGGGGGUGGAUGGUUGCGUUGCUGGCCUACAACACUUGGGUCUUGUGAGCAACUCUUUUUGCUUCGACUGCGGCCAUUCAGUUGGCAAGAAGAUGUCUGCUUCAGCUCUUACGGCAGUGCGCUGGACUCGCGAUUCCGUGCGGGGCCAUCCCAGCUCCCAGGAUUGAUUCGCAGGCGCUUGGGUGAGGUUUUUGGAGUGUCCCUACGGCGACGGUCUUGUCCACCAUCGGCCGUAGCGAGGUCGUCAUGGACUAAACGCUUGCACAGGCAUUCAUCCGCUCUCAUGACAUGGCCGUUUUCGCGCAUUUGUUUUUGCCUCAUCAUGGCGUGAAUACUGUGGACGCCGGUUCUUCCUUGGAUCUCAGUGUCUGGGAUCCUUUUUGCCACCUCAGUUGAGGUUAAAAUGAUGGAGUUCCCCUGCUGGACUCCCGUAGACUCUCCAUCUCUCCGUCCCCACCCUCCACAGGAAAGUCGUCAGGACAACAGCCUUGCACACUUCUGGUUUCGUGUUGAGGAGGAUGUCUCAGCGAUUUCAGACGGAGUGUUGUGGUCAGUCGGAGGACUGGCUGGCGUCAUCGUCGGUCGCGAAAUUGUGCCCCGGGUACGCUAAUUUCUUCGCCGACGUGGAACGAGUGCCCUUGACGUUGGUCCUGGUUUCGUUAUAGUCAAAUGAUGGCGCCGCUUGAUAUAUGACCGUUGUUUUCUGGGUUCUGAUUCUCACCUCAGAGUCGAACAGUUGGAGGCAAGGGGGCCCACGUUUCGUGCAUAUCUGCUUCCGUGGUAAUUUGCUCACAGUUAUCCAUGGGCGACGAAGCAUGUACACUGACUUUGGAAGCUCGCGCAGCCACCGGCAUGCGUCGAAUGUUGAGUAUUUGUCUGUCAACUUGAUAGUUCAUUCUAGUUCUCGGUCAAUUUCAAUGCUAGGCGCCCUUCAUCACGGCGGAGGACGUGAGACUAAAGAAGGUGGAAACGAGUAAACGACCCUGUUUUGCCGCGUUUGCCAAGAAGAGUGCUUCCGAGACUGACUCUUUGCCCGUACUCUGCCGUCAUUCCGCCUAGUUUUCUGACUAUUUAUGCGGACCAUUCCUGACACCUGAAUUUCAGCAUGAUUUUCCAGAGCCCAUUGCAAUUUACAGCGUCGGAGGCCUUACUCAAAUCCACGAAGAUGAAACAGAAGCUGAUCCGCGAUUCCUGACACUUCUGUGAUUCUAUGGGGCUUUCGGGGUCCGCUCUUUGUUUUCGGGUGGAGUCCUUCCUCCAACUUUGAUAGUUUUUACGGUGGUGAGGGACGGUGGGGGUCCACAUCGUUUCCAUUUAAGGGAGCCUGUUGAUUGCCAAUUUAAGAUAUGUCCGAGGUGUUCAAUCUGGUUUUCCAAAAUUUGCGAUUUUCCGCCAAGAGGGUUAAUCCGUCAGAGGUUAGCAGCAGCUCAAUUCCGUCGGUUUGGGGCCUUAGACCGCCAUGGUGAACUCAUUUAAUUGCGGUCUGCGUACACUUGUAUUUCUUCAGCCUUGUCUGGCAUCCAAACAUUUUACGUCUUUCUCAGCCACACUUGGACAUCGGACGAAAGCCGCUUUGUUAUGUGACUUAGGUCAUAUGCUGCCUAUUCUCCUCAGAGAAUACCUUCCAACCCUCCUCCUUGUUACCAUCAAACCAGUCCUGGUGCUGAUGGCGUGCGCAACCGAGGACGUCCAGAGCUCCGUACUUGGUUCUAUUGCGUCUCAAUAAUUAUUUUCGCUUCUGCAGAUUUCAAUUACACCAUGCGAGGGUUUGGACGGUUUUUAAAAUCUAGACGGCGAUCAGCCAUAUUCAGUAUUGCAGAGUUUAACUUGCCUGGUGUUGAGCUACCGUGCGGUCAUCCGCAGAAUUACCGUUGCAGUUUCAUCCUAGAGAUCACAACGCGUUGCCCAUCCAGCAGUCGACACCAUUCAUUGUUUUAGCCACGCCUGCAAACAAGGACGUGGUCCAGCAGAUGCUUGUGCCUCCAGAGUGGAUGCGCGCACGCUUCCUUUUCCCGCAUCGUAGGGCAGAGGAGGGUCUUAAUCAGAAGACGACCGGGUUCCGUGCAGCCCUGCAGAAGACCACCGAUAUUGUAGCUGUCUAUCUCGUGGCGACGUAACACUCCUUUCCAGCUAACCCUGUCUCUGGAGACCUGGGGCAUUUAAUUAAGCGAGUACUGGCAAUGUGUCUGCCUUCGACACAGUCCUUGGAAGGGUACGUAGUUCUUCAUAGAACGUGUUCUUUAGUGAAGGGGCACGUGGGCGCUGACGACGGUGGCGACUUCGUCCCUGCUGAGAGGCGGCCUCGUGGUCAUGAGACGGUCAUUGACGCCCUGUGGCUGGGAGGACAGCCGUCUAACAACGUUGCUGAUGGCGAAAGCGACUCUGCCAUUUCGUCACUCUGGCUUUGGACUUCGGUCCCAAGGGAGUGUGUAUCCGACACCCACUCUCUCGCCCUCUCUACCUGUGCAUGUUCAGAGAAUCGGGUCUUACUGUCGGCCGCACGGGUGACCAGAGUUGUCAUCGCCGGUCGGUUUGCCGUUGGACUGUCGAAAAAUGGACGAACAUUUCGAGUCGCCAGGAUGAGCAGUUGUCACUCUGGCAGUCUGUGGUGAGGGACCGGGAUGGGUGUUGAGAUUACUGCUGUUUCGUAUACUGUUUCCGUCAAUUUUUUGCGUGCACGAGCCAUGGCCAGCGUACAGACAGCGCGAUUCACCAACAUUUAUUUUGGGCACAUUUUAUUACUAAUGCUUCCUUAGAUACCACUACUGAGUCAUUCUAGGCCACUGCCGAAUUCCCUUGUGGAUCACGACUUUUGUUUAGUGGGAAGACGACUUGAAUUAGCCUGUAGUGCCGACGGGCUUGCGUGUCUUUCUCCCUGCGGGCUGUUUAAGUUGGAUGAUGUGCGGGAGGUAGGAUGAGACCAGAGUGCGGGGAUCACUUCAGAGAUUACCGGGUGUGGAGGCAAGCCCGAUGCCCUCAUCUGAUUUAGCUCAUCGGUGUCGGGAGAGUGGCCGCCGUUUGGGGCCUGGCUUUAUCGCCAUGGUAUGCUCAUAAGUACUUGCUACGAGCCUGUUCGUGGCUGCCUUAACCGAACUAUGUGGUCUCGCAUAUUUUAUCUUUUCCUGUGUGACAUUUGCUGGCAGUAUAUCUGCGUCAGGGUAUAGUGGCGAGUCUGAGUGUGGGCUUACGCCGUGCUAACAACCUGCGCCAGACUCUACCUCCGGUCUUCUUGGCUUUGUCCUGAUGCCGGGCUCAGGGGGAGGGAGAAGAGAGUACUGUAGAAGCAUCACGGGUCUGCUAUAACUAUAGACUAAUUCACGCGCAAGUCACUAUUCCUGCGCUCACUGUGCUGUUGGGCAUGCGGUGGACAUCGUCGGAAUUGACGACUGGACUGUCGUACUGUGCACUCCCAUCUUAUGUAGUUCAUAACCAACGGACUCGGUUGCAGAUUUGCCGCGAUAGCAUUCUAGGAAAAAGGGACAAUGGCAGCGUAUGUGACCGAUUUUAGUUGUCAUUUCCACAAAAACCACAGACGCUCUUCCUGCAUAUCCUGAAGCAGGCUAAAUGGACGGUAGGAACACACUGUAUAGUCAAAUUUUUCAACAAACUGUUUUCGCCCAAGCUGUUGCAAUACAAGGGUAGUGCAGCAUUGUCGACUGCACAAAUGCAUAAGACCUUUUAAUGAUCCUCAACCGUCGCAUCAGUGCCGCGUUUGUUCACGCACUAUGAACCGAUGUUAGAAAUCAUACUUAUUAAAACCAUCGUGACCUGCAGGUGAAUAUUUUUCCAGCACCUAUGCAGACUUACCCAGCGCCACCACAUUUUAUUGAGUCUGGAGGACUGGAAUUUGCAAUUGAAACUAGCGUUUAUUUUGACGUAGGGGGCAAUUUUCUGGUGUGGUUUUUAUUAGCAUUUACGUCUUUGCGUAUGAAGGCUACCGCCUAUCCAUUUUUGGCUUCCAACUGGAUCGGUAAGACACUCCGCUUUGUCGUGCCAAUGAUUAGGCGACGAAGAUGCGACCCUGACACGGAUCAUUGAAGGUCAGAUCUCCUGGCGAGCUAUGUGUACUACGGGGCAUGAAGUCCUUUUCUCGUGGAUUGAGAUGUGAAGUGAGUGCUUUGCCAUAGAUGUGUAUAAAGUGUGGAUUCGAUAACCUCCAGAAACGUUUACAGAGGGAUCAGUUAAAUGUAUGACCUUUAUGUCUUUCUGACCAUCAAGUUUGAUCAUUUGCUUCAGCAUAGGACGUACCAUAUAGCAUUCAAUUGCUUUAAAUUGGGCUGUGACUCAAACAAGAAAAACAGUCCGAAUUAUUUCACAAUUGCCUUCGCCCUUUCCAGCCGGAACUUCAGCAACCUUCUUCCACAUGAGCCAUUGUCAAUUGAUAAAACACAGAAAGCAUACAAAAUUGCGUUACUUUUUGCUGUUUUAUUUUUUAGUAACAACACUCCGAAAGGCAGUGACGAUUGUAUUUUCUUUCGUCUUCUUUGCUAAACCGUUCGCAUUUGGGUGAGUUUAAGUCACUUAGACAUGACCCUCCGUUCACUUCCGCUCUUUAUCGUCCACUUUACUUUAAAUCUCUCGAAAGGGGGAAGGCCUGUCCUCAGAGCUGAAGGCGCGUUUGCACAUAGCACUUAAAAUCUAGAACCCCCUUUUGAGGAGUAGACUGUUCCUCACCGUUGGUGUUUUGGUCCAGGAAUAUUGCUCCAGGUUAAAGUAUAUGCGGAGAUUCGAAGUCCACCGUUCCACAAAUGCCUUGGUAAUACAUAUUGUCCGUGAGAUUUUUCCUCAUAAAGGAUAAUAUUUAAAGCAGUCCGUUCAUGGAGCACGGGGUAUCGCAUGCCAGCUUUUUUAGAACACUUCAGUCGGCCUGACAGCGUGACUCGACCAGCAAAUAGCGGAGCUAUGACAGAAAGUUGCAACAGGUUGCGGGCAGGAAAAAUCAGUCUAAAAUUGUCGCCUUCCUCAUGUAAUCUGACCUUACCUCGUGACACGUGGACCUAAGAUGAUAGAAGGAUCUUACUGUCUAACUAGAAAUGGUUCAGUGUGAUCGGGUAAGGGUUAGUAAUUUUCGACGACCCUUGAGGCAGCCUCGAGAGGCUUAGCUGAACAGCAGGAUAUUGGCGACACUUGUCAGGCGAUUUUGUCAGCUGUGAUCCACUGUAAUAGUGUGUUCUCUGAUCAGAAGCCAAGUAGACAGUGAUUGAUUAUUGCGUGGGAAUGCAAAACCGGCAUGUAUCAGUUGCAGGCGGGGAGUGAGGGCUAGUUUCCGUAUCCAGGGGGCGCGAAAGGCCGAUCAGCGCACAAACGCCCUGCAACGAACUUGCAACAAUGCCCGCGCGGGGCGGGUCAUCAAAGGCGCGUGGCGACUGCGUGCGACUGUCAGCGUGUGUUAACCAGGCUAAGGCGGCUUAUAAGGGCAGAGGUGUCUGGCGUCGCAAGAGAGUGUGUUACCACAGUUUGUCUGUGACAAGUUGAGGGACAGACAGUUCGUAAACACUUAUCGCCAAAUGGACUUGAAACUCCAAGCUCCCUCCAUUUGAGCUUUGGGUACUCUGUUGACUCUGCUUCCCGGAAAUCUCGGUGGGCUGACGUUUGAUUUUGUUUCACGCCUAACCUCUUCUGUCUGUGCAGAUUGUUAUUUCUCGGAGUCUGUUAGUAGGUCAAGUGACUAGCCAGUUGACUUCAAUGAGCAAACCACGUCCGUCCCUCCGGGGUAUGCGCCGUGAAUGGGCAAACAUUAAAGUGACAGUAGAGGCAGGUUUUAAAGACUGAAAUAGCAACUGUUUCAAAUGUAUCCACGUCCUCUUCAACCAGUCCUCCCCACAAGCAACGCCGACGAGCGUCUACAGACAUUCGCACACCGCGCCUUGACUGCAACUUGGGUGAGAUAAAGCCUAACCGGCGCACGCCAAGAGACUCCACUAGUCCGCCCCGCCAUCAGCGUAGAUCGAGUAACCUCACUCGCGUGCGAAUUUCGAAACUAAUAAGUCGCUAACCUUAAAUGCUCUUUGAUUUUUGCCUCUUUCUGGUAAUUAUGUUAUGGUCGAAAUUGAUGAGAAACGAAAAGUAACAGUCGUAAGUCAUAUGAAAAAUUCAAUAGAACCUAUGAAUGCGUUUUUGGAGAAACGUGCAAGACCCUUGUGUGUUUAUAGAUUUCAAGAUAGGCGGACUAGUCGCUCUGUGAUCUCCAUUUUCCUUAUUUCCAUGUUCAGCUUGCAAAGUGUGCUUCGACUCUUUUACUCAAGGCCAGCACUAAGGUUUCGGUGCGUUGAUGACACAUUCAGGAAAUAUCAAAUGUACCCACAUCCAUCAGGCGGCAGGCAAAUUAGUUAUAACUGCAGCGAAUCGGAACAAAAGCCUUUUACUCUCAGAUUGCUUGAGAAUCUGGCACCUUUGUCACUAAAGUAUGCAGAAAAUAGCCGCGCACUUAGGGCUAUUUUAACUGUGCCUCCACCUUUGUCCGCUGUCAAACCAGAUGGUUUUCACGUACAAAUAUUUAGUGUCUGCCACUCGCUCGGGACCUUAGGAAUUGAAAAAUUUGAAUUUCCCAGUCAUCUGUUUGGCUUAGUGGUCAUUCCAAUCAUGCGGGCAUCAAAGUAUUGCAACCCCUACUGCAGAUAAACGCGCUACCCAUUCAUUAGAAGGAGGACCUUUCCGUUGGUAUUGAACCCAUGCUGUCUAUUUGCAUUCACCAUGGAGAUAACUUGAUCUUUUACCGGAUGGAUUCCUGAUCAAUAGUCACAGGUAUUUCUGACACCCAGUUCCAUCGCCCCUGUCGUGUCGUUUCAUUAGCACUUAUUGGUGAGACAAUUGCACUCGUUGAAGUUCUACUUUGUCAGCAGGCAAAGCUGUUGUAAUGUGUUAUCCAACCUUUCGGAGUCCGUAUCUUUAGGGCAUCUUUUGGCAGGUCGGAGGAAAAGGUUGGCCACUAAUUCUCCAUGCCGGGUUUCGUGUUCGUGUCAGAAUUUUCUACAAACGCCUAUUCCCCAAAAACCCUUUGCCGCUGUCUCUAGUUGGCCUGCGACUUCCUAUCAUUGCACCUGCCCUUUCGUCAUUACAACUGCUACCUUGUAGGACCCCUCGUUUUCUCAUUAGAAUUGCACUAGCCUGAGGACAGCAAUUUUGGAUGAAGUUGAGUUCUGAAUGCUCACUUGUAGCCGAUGCACUAUGCACUUGUUGAAGUCUGUAAUCGGCAAUCAUAUCGCAGCUGGCUAACAAGAACGUGUAACGGUAGCAUCUUCCAUUGCACGCUAAGAUUCCCUCCAAUAAACCGCCCCCCAUGGCGCUUCCGCCUACUAAAGUAUAUCAUUAAUUUGUUUCAUUCUGUGGACAACAGUAGAAUUGAACAGGAGCGCCAACGAUACUUCCCUCAUUUAGUUAACUGUAUUUUUGGACGUUGGUUAGCCGUUGCCAGAUGGCAGCCUCCUCCACCUGGCGGUACUUAUGCGCACCAAAGGACUAUAAAUGUCGGCUUAUGCAUUAGAUCAUCUGCCUUUGCGCCGCCCUUCUUUUUUUCUUUUUGUCCGCGUAACUUACUAAAAAGCUAUUGGUAGUUGGCAAAAUUUGGUUAGACAUAUCCUAGUUUUCCUUCCAGCGUUUGAUAAUAAAUACGUUUUACUGAUAAAAAUGAAGUAGCAAGUCGCGAGAUCGAGCUCUGGGUAUUUAUCACCUCGGGAGCGGGUAUGACUGGCUGAAGAUGGCCAAUAAGCCAGAAAUGGUCAUUCCAGCCUCCUUCAUAUUUGUCGACAAUGCAAUAAAGUAACUGUUAUUAUCCUAUUACAGAUACCUGUGGUCGGGCGCAAUGGUUGUCCUCGGUAUUUACCUUAGCGCUUAUAGCAAAUCUCGCAGCAGCAGGCAGAAGAGGAUGUCUCAUGAUGCCUCAUUUCGCCGCACCGAAAAUUCCAUCUUGCAUACAGUUUGA